AUGGCCACAACAUCACUCUUACGCCGCUGUGCACCUUACCUCCUCUCAUCUUUGCUCCUCGUUUUGCAGAUACUGGCGACUGCUGCCACAAUGACUCCGUCUGGGAUCCCAGAGAAGCUCUUUCCUGCAUCACUCGACCCCUUUGUCAACGAACUAAGCCUGCGUGGCUUCCUCUACACUUCUAGAAUCGAGUUGGCAUUCGACCUUACGAACAUGCAAUUCCGAAGUCACCACGCUCUUACCGAUCAUUUUUUCAAGAACGGUCAAGAUUGGAAUCCCAGAGUCGUCUACCUCGGAGAACACCCCGCUUUGCCCAGCACUCAUAUGGCUGCAUCGGUGUUCCACCCAAACAUACAGCUGACGAAUCAUCUUGUGCCAAAAAGUGGCUUGAUGAAACAUAGGAACGGGAAGAACGGAGUGCUUGCUAUCAACUUGAGAGCAAAUGAAGAGCCUGAGUUUGUGGGGGUGCUGUGGCUGAAGAGCCAUCGAGCAGUGAAUGUGCUGGAGCGCAGUGGAAUGUGA